CCCUCAGAUUUUAUUAAUCUAACAUCCAGUAACUUGUUAUUGAACUUUUUAGGCUUUUUAAGCUAGUAAUUCUCUAAUCUUAUUUUCCAACAGUCUCCACUCUUUUUAAUCUGAUACUUGCUAGUGUCUUCCUUCGCACUUUUUGAUUAUUGUUCCUUGCUGCUUUCUUCGUCACUUCUGUUUGGUUCUUUGUUCGUUGCAAUUUUAGAUAUUAGAUCUGCUGCAUUGUAGUUUUCUAUCUUAGAUUUUAACCAAUUUUUUUUUUUUUAAGAAAAAGUUGAAAAGCAGGGAACAAUCAUGGUUGGUCUAUCCGACAUUCCUUGCUUGGGAAAAAUUGUGGACAGAGUGUCUGAUGCCAUGGUUGAUCCAUUGUUUCGUGGAUUCGAUUAUAUGUUUUGUUACAAGGAUAGUGUUAAUUUUCUCGACUCUGAAAUUAGGAAACUUGGUAAUCAUGAAGGAAGGGUUUCCAGAAGAACUGAUGCAGAAAAAAAUAAUGGUAAAACAAUUGAUAUGGAUGUAUCGAAGUGGCAGCAAGAGGUGAAAGAAAUACAGAGGAGUACCGAAGAGUUUCUGGAAAAGUACAGAAACAGAUCUUCCUGGAGGUGCAUUUACUGUUUGCCGAUUCCUAAACCUGUCUCCCGUUUUAAACUAGGCAGGGAGGCUGUGCAGAUGGCCAAGCGUGUCAGUGGACUAUAUGAUUCUGGUAAAGGAUAUCUAGAGAAUGAUAUUGCAUUUCUUCCCCCUAUUGAAAAUGUACCAGCAAGUGAUACUGAAUUUAAGGAAUUUAAAUCCAGAAAAGAUUCUUAUGACAAGCUCUGGGAAGCGCUAGUAUCUGAAGAUGGUUCUAUGAUUCUUGGCAUCUAUGGAAUGCCAGGAGUUGGUAAAACUAGAAUGAUGGAACAACUUUGGCAAGAAGUCAAGGAGAAGAAGAUCUUUGACAAGGCAGCACGAGCAGACGUGGGCAGUGAAGAAUUGAACGUGAUAAAAUUACAGAAUCAGAUUGCAGGCCAUCUAGAUUGCCAUUUUCAGUCUCAAGAUGAUAAGAAGCAUCGAGCUAAUCAGCUGAAACAUAGUUUAUUAAAUGGGGGCAAGAUCCUCAUCUUGUUAGACGAUGUUUGGAGCCAGAUCCCUUUAAUUGAAAUUAUUGGAAUUUCAUUAGCUGAGGGUAGUAGUUCCAAGGGUUUGAAGAUCCUCAUGACUUCUCGAAAGAAAUAUGUGUGCUUGGAUAACAACUGUGAGCAUCCUAUCGAAAUCACAACCUUGACCACUGGUGAAGCAUGGGAUUUAUUCAAGCACACAGUCGGUCCUGAGAAAAUUCACGCUUUGCAGGAUGAAUCCCUGGUACAGGAAGUGUGUAAUAAAUGUCAUGGUUUACCACUCCUCAUCCAUACAGUUGGUAAAGCACUGAAGUGCAGACCUCACAGUUUAUGGAAGGAUGCACUUUAUCAACUUGAGAAUGGAAAAGUUGAAAAAAUUGCUGAAAUUGAUCCGCGAGUAUAUGUUUGUGUUAAAUUGAGCAUUGAUAAAUUAGAAGAGGAUGCGAAGUCAUGUCUCUUAUUGUGUUCCUUGUUUCCUGAAGAUGCUAACAUUCAUAUCAGGGAGCUGAUCCUGUUAGCAACAGGCUCGUUGGUCCCCGAUGGAGAAUCUAGAAUAUGUGCUAUGGUUGAUAUUCUCAAAUCAUCUUGUUUGUUGCUCGACUGUCAAGAAGAUCAUACUAUAAAACUGCAUGACCUCAUCAGAGACGUAGCUAGAUCUGUUGCUGUCAGCGACCCAAAAUAUGCAUUUAAAAUUGUAAAGUGUUGCUCGCGGUUGCCUGAUGAUACUGAUUAUUGCACUCGGAAAUUUAUGCAUUUACAGUUGGAGGAUAGUGAUCUUCAUUUUCCUGGUGAUCUGUGCUGCCCAGACCUGCGUAACUUGUGGCUACAAUGCCUGAACAAUGUCAUACCAAAAUUUUCAGGCAGCUUCUUAAGCAAUCUAAGAUUUUUAUGGAUCCAGGAGGGCACAUCUUAUUAUGUAAAGCCUGAGAACUCAAUUCAAUGCUUGGGUAAACUCAGGACGCUUAUUCUAGAUGAUUGUUACAUGGCUGACAUCAACAAGAAUAAUGUCAGAUUUUUUCCUGAAAGCCUAGAAUCUCUUUGCAUUAGGAAUUGUCGAAUGCCAUUGCUGAUGAAAUUACCAGACCUGAAAUAUCUUCGAAAGCUUGAAAUAAAAACGUUAUUCGGAUCUGAGGUGCGAAUGGUGCCAAAUGCCAUAUCCAGUCUGCGCAGUCUAGAAGAAUUGCAUGUACCUCAUGGAAUCCAAAUUCUGGAUCAAUCCUGUCUGGAAGAAUUAUUUGGUUCGGAAACAGAUAUGGAUGGAUCGGAUAUAAGUCUGAAUGGAUCCGAUAUAUUUCUGGAUGGGGCGCCCUUAUUGGCUGAGAUUAGUAAAUUGACCAAUCUGAGAAGUUUACAGAUGUUCUUCUCGGAUUUUGAGCAUUUUCAUUGUUCAGAUAUGUUUGUUAAUUUACUUGAAUAUAACAUAUGGGUUGGAAACCAAAAUAAAGCUUGGGGUACUACUGAAGAUCAAAGUGUUCCAUUUAAGAGAUCGAUUACAUUGAUGGGCAAUCAGAUAGAAGGCUUUGGAAGUCUGAUCGAGAGGGCUGAACUUCUGAAAUUGUAUUGCACUGAUAUUAAUGUAGGUAGCAUUUACGAUAGCAACAGAGAAGCAUUCGCAGAUUUGAGAUGCAUAUCCAUUCGUAGAAGUAGCAGCAUGGAGUAUCUAGCAAGAAUGUCACAAGGUGAGAUUCAGCAUAGUUGUCAGCCAUUGACAUCUUUCUCAAAACUCACCAAAUUACAAAUAUGCGAGGCCUAUGAAAUGAAAUACCUCUUCAGCAAGUCUGUUGCUAAAUGUCUGGUGCAACUGCAAGAGGUCUACAUAUUUGAUUGUCCUUUGAUGGAAGCAAUCAUAAAGAAUGAACAAGACACGAGUAAUGAAGGAGAUAUUAUAAAUUUUUUCAAGUUGAAAUCAUUGAAGCUAUUACGAUUGCCAAGACUGGAGAGCUUUUACGGGGAAGAGAAAGAAAUGCAACAUUCAAGUUCGACAUCAAUAAUGGACGACUCAGCUGCCAUCCCCCUGGUUCAGUCUCUGCCUCUUUUUGAUGGAAGGGUGGCAUUCCCUUUCUUGGAAGUACUGGAAGUAUGUGAGUUGGAAGAAAUAAGUGAUAUUUGGGGAAAUCAUUUCUGUAAUGAAAAUGUAUCCACCUCCUUCUGCAAUGUAAAGAGACUGGUGGUAGAUGGAUGUAAUAUUAUAGAAACAGUGUUCCCACAAGCAAUUUCAAGUAGGCUACAGAAUCUGGAAUGUCUAGAAGUAAACGAUUGCAAUAGGUUGAGAAACAUGUUUCAACAUUCUUGUAUUACCAGAGAUCUUAUCAAUGUCAAGACAACGUAUGAAGUCAACUGCACGACGACAAGAGAGAUAAUUGAGGCAGGUGAACAAGAUGAAUUCACUAAUGUCAUCGUGUACCCUGAGUUGGCGUACCUAGUGCUAACUAAUUUGCCAAGUCUGACCAGCUUUUGGAGUCAUCAGAAUGGAGAAGCUAAUGCUUACAAGGUUCAAUUCCCCAAGUUAGUGCAUUCUAAUAUCAUGUGUGAUGGAAAUAAUUUGGAAGAUAUCGGGUUGGUUUGCAAUGCUUCCACUAGUCAACUCAAGUGCUUGGACUUCAGUUGUGAUAAGAAGAUUCAACUUUUGUGAAGAACUGCUUCUGUUAUUUAUCUGGGAACGUUGAUAUUGGGACACUGUUGCCCUUAUUACCUAAAUCCUGUACACUUCCGACCAACCGCUUGAAGGUGCUUAGAGCUCGCAACUCUUGAUGCUCUACUCUUUUCCAAUUCUCAGCUUUUGGAAGUCUACAACUCCUCCAAUAACCGAGGAAGAGAAAAUUGCAGAGUAUCUGAAGUGAAAUUGAUGGAGAAUCGACUUAUAGUAAUCAGGACGCGGAAAAAAUAAAUUAAGAGAGCUUAAGGGAACUGAGGACGAUGAUGAACAGAAACAGAUUAGUCUAGAUUCAAAAUCCAAGUGAAGAUGCUUCCUGUACAUUUCAUCCAACACCAACAACCACAUUAUUAAAGUUUCCGCGUAAAUUUCCAUCCUAACGUGAGUUUUUUUAUGCACUGAAGAGUAAUUACAGUACUUAAUCGCAUCACAGAAUUGACGGAUCUUGUCGCAUGCCUCCGGGGAUUUAAGAGCAGGACUGGGAGAUAAAUAUGUCAAGUGAUACACUAUACACGAUGACAAGCAUGUGGUAAUCUGUUUUUGGAUUAUAUUUUACUCAGUUAUGAUAAUAAUAAAUCUAAGCAUCCAAUGACUAGUUGAAUUCUACAUUCUAAGCACUACAAGUAGUACACACUACACAUUGCAUCUUAUACCAGCUGCAACUAAGUCUUCACCCUCAGUUUCCUGCGUUCUGCCUUCUGUCACUCUUCAUCAUUGGUCUAUCUGAUGCCUUGUUCCGAUGGUUCCUUUAUGGAUUCAUAUAUAAGGGUCUUGUUAACGUUCUCAAUUCCUCAGUUUCUUCUUCUGCGAAGGCCGGGAGGGUUACUGAACUCUCUGAUUCUGCAGAGGAUCUACUCGGUGAACGAUAUUGCUUAUCUUCCACCAGUUGAAAAUGUACCAACGGCUGAUACUGUAUUCCAGAACUUCCAAUCAAGAAAAGAUGCUUGUGCCAAGCGCUAGCAAGUGAAGGUAGUUAUCUGAUUCUUGCCGGGAGUUGAUGGAACAAAUAUGGAAAGAAGCUCAAAAGAAGAAGAUCUUCAACAAGGUCACGACUCACCAGGGCAGAUGUGGGCAGUGAGAAGUUGGACGUGAUAAAAUUACAACAGAAGAUUGAAGGCCAUCUAGAUCGCCACUUUGAAAUCAAAAGCAUAGAGCUAAUCAACUGAAAAAUAGUUCAAUCAAUGGAAGCAAGAUCCUCGUCAUAUUAGACGAUGUAUAGAGGCGAUUACUAAGGGAAAUUUACUCUUAAAAUUGCAACAAACAAAUGGCUAACUGCUAAGUGCUAAAGUAUCAACAUUUUAGAGGGAUGUAGUGAUCAAGUGAUGUAAAGUGUAGACUAUCAAGUACUCUGUAACAUGUACUAUGUAGUAAUGUACAGUUUGUUUGGAUAAAUUUGAACUAUUAUUUAUGACUUAUAGAAUCAUAUCUUACUCUUGA